AUGGCAGGAAGUUUUAUUCCAAUGGGGAAAUCAAUCAAGAUUCUCAGAUCUUCAAUCUCUACUUUCUUGCAGAAUUAUCAGUUCUUCUCAACUACUGUUGCCUUUCUUGCCUUUCCUUUUUCUGUUUCAAUUCUACUUUCUCAAGUCUUUCUUCCUUCUUCUUCUUCAUCUUCCUUAUUGGCAUCCAUUAACAACCGCCUCAAUGCUUUGUUUCAAGCUGCAGGCUUCCCUCCUUCUGAGUUUUUCACCAUUCUCACUCUCAAGCUCUCUCAAACUAUUUCUUCUUCGUUAUUUUCCCUUCCUUUCACCCUCACCUUUUUACUCGCGGCCAAGGCUUCGAUAAUUCAAGCUUUGAAACCACACCACCAUAAAGUAUCAUCUUCCCCACCUUCUUUUUCUUCCAUUUUUUCACUUUUUAAUCCUCUUCUUUUAACCCACAUCUGCAACUCAUUGUUAAUCCUCUCUGCCAACGCCACAGUCUUUUCUAUCUUGUUUUUCGCCUUUAACUUCCUCGAAGAAAUCGGGCUCUCUUCUUCUCCUAAUUGGCUCCUCUUCUUGUCAGCAUCAGGGGCAGUUUUAUAUUCCAUUGUUCUUGCAAAUGCCCUCAUAAUCUGCAACUUAGCCAUGGUGAUUUCUGGCAUGGAAAGAACAAGUGGGCAUCUGGCGAUUCUCAAGGCGUUUGUUCUUAUCAGAGGAAGAACUUCAACAGCACUUUCACUUGCUUUACCUGUAAACCUGCUCUUAGCGGGCACUGAAGCCUUGUUCCAAUAUAGAAUCCUCAGAGUUCAUCACCAUGGCAGAAAUCAUAGCCUUGCAAUGAGCUCGGAGGGAGUUUUGAUCGCUUACUUGUACUCAAUUUCAGUUGUUCUUGAUACCAUUGUGAGCUGCAUAUUCUAUAAAAGCUGCAAUACAAGUUGUUUGAUGGAACAAGAAGGCAGAUACUCAUAUCAGAUUGAAAUCCCAGAAGAGGAAACAGGUGAUUAUGUGAGUGAAAAGAAUUGUGAAAACUUCCAUGAAGGAUUUUAA